AUGGAUCUGAAGGAGAAGCACACGGGCGAGCCACCCUUGGCCCUGGGCCUGUCUACCCGGAAGGCCCUCGGCAUCCUGAAGGAGCAGCUGGAGACGGUGCUGGAGGGACACCUGAAAGAACGGAAGAAAUGUCUCACGUGGAAGGAGCUGUGGAGAAGCAGCUUCCUGCACCACAGUAACCGCUGUUCCUGCUUCCACUGGCCUGGAGCCUCGCUCAUGCUGCUGGCUGUGCUGCUUCUGCUGGGCUGUCAUGGGAGCCAGCCGGAGGGCAGCCAUGGGGUGGAGCUGGUGAAUGCCUCAGCACUGUUCCUCUUGCUGCUUCUCAACCUCAUCCUCAUCGGGCGGCAAGAUCGGCUAAAGCGUAGGGAGGUAGAGCGGAGGCUCCGAGGGAUCAUUGACCAAAUCCAAGAUGCACUCAGGGAUGGCAAGGAGAUCAAGUGGCCAGAUGCCAUGUACCCAGACCUCCACAUGCCCUUUGCACCAUCCUGGUCCCUGCACUGGGCCUACAGAGAUGGACAUCUGGUCAACCUGCCAGUUGGCCUAUUGGUAGAAGGAGACAUCAUAGCUCUGAGGCCCGGCCAGGAAUCGUUCGCCUCUCUGAGGGGGAUCAAGGAUGAUGAGCACAUCGUCUUGGAGCCCGGAGACCUGUUUCCCCCUUUCUCUCCACCACCUUCCCCCCGGGGAGAAGUGAAGAAGGGACCACAGAACCCCCAGCAGCACCGGCUCUUCCGUGUUCUUGAGACCCCUGUGAUUGACAACAUCAGAUGGUGCCUGGACAUGGCCCUGUCCCGCCCAGUCACCGCUCUGGACAACGAGAGGUUCACGGUGCAGUCGGUGAUGUUGCACUACGCUGUGCCUGUGGUCUUGGCCGGCUUCCUCAUCACCAAUGCCCUGCGCUUCAUGCUGAAUGCCCCUGGUGUCACCUCCUGGCAGUACACCCUCCUCCAGCUGCAGGUGAAUGGUGUCCUGCCCAUCCUCCCCCUGCUCUUUCCAGUCCUCUGGGUUCUGGCAACCGCCUGUGGAGAAGCUCGAGUCCUGGCUCAGAUGAGCAAGGCCUCUCCCAGCUCCCUGCUAGCCAAGUUCUCAGAGGAUACUCUCAGCAGCUACACAGAAGCCGUCUCCUCUCAGGAAAUGCUGCGCUGCAUCUGGGGCCACUUCCUGCGGGUGAUCCAAGGGACAUCGCCGACCCUGAGCCGUAGCUCCAGCCUACUGCACAGCUUGGGCUCGGUCACGGUCCUGUGCUGUGUGGACAAACAGGGGAUCCUGUCAUGGCCAAACCCCAGCCCGGAGACUGUGCUGUUCUUCAGUGGGAAGGUGGAGCCCCCGCACAGUAGCCAUGAGGACCUAACGGAUGACCUGUCCACCCGCUCCUUCUGCCAUCCCGAGCCCCACGAACGAGAUGCCCUCCUGGCCGGUUCCCUGAACACUACCCUGCACCUUUCCAAUGAGCAGGAACGUGGCGACUGGCCGGGUGACGGUCCCAAGCCCCCUGAAUUCUACUGUCACCACAAAGCAUAUGGCCGCAGCAAACACCCAUCCGGCUCCAACGUGAGCUUCAGCCGGGACACGGAGGGCGGUGAAGAAGAGCCUGGCAAGGUGAGAGGACCCGGGCUGGAGGGCGAGCCCUACGAAGCAGAGGACUUUGUGUGUGACUACCACUUGGAGAUGCUGAGCCUGUCCCAGGACCAGCAGAACCCCUCCUGCAUCCAGUUCGACGACUCCAAUUGGCAGCUGCACCUCACGUCCCUGAAGCCACUGGGUCUCAACGUGCUGCUGAACCUGUGUAACACCGGUGUCACCGAGCGGCUGUGCCGCUUCUCCGACCACUUGUGCAACAUCGCCCUGCAGGAGAGCCACAGCGCCGUCCUGCCCGUGCACGUGCCCUGGGGCCUCUGCGAGCUCGCCCGCCUCAUAGGCUUCACUCCUGGGGCCAAGGAGCUCUUCAAGCAGGAGAACCAUCUUGCGCUCUACCGCCUCCCCAGUGCCGAGAUGGUGAAGGAGACCUCGCUGGGGAGGCUCUCCUGUGUCACCAAGCGGCGCCCUCCGCUCAGCCAUAUGAUCAGUCUGUUCAUCAAGGACACCACUACCAGCACAGAACAGAUGCUGUCCCAUGGCACGGCUGACGUGGUCUUAGAGGCCUGCACAGACUUCUGGGAUGGGGCGGACAUCUACCCUCUUUCGGGUUCUGACAGAAAGAAAGUGCUGGAUUUUUACCAGCGGGCCUGCUUGUCUGGUUACUGCUCUGCCUUCGCCUACAAGCCCAUGAGCUGCGCCCUGUCCUCUCAGCUCAAUGGCAAGUGCAUUGAGCUUGUGCAGGUGCCUGGCCAGAGCAGCAUCUUCACCAUGUGUGAGCUGCCCAGCACCGUCCCAAUCAAGCUGAGCACGCGCCGUAACAGCUGGAGCUCGGACGAAGGGAUCGGGGAGGUGCUGGAGAAGGAAGACUGCAUGCAGGCCCUGAGCGGCCAGAUCUUCAUGGGCAUGGUGUCCUCCCAGUACCAGGCCCGGCUGGACAUCGUGCGCCUCAUCGAUGGGCUGGUCAAUGCCUGCAUCCGCUUCGUCUACUUCUCUUUGGAGGAUGAGCUCAAAAGCAAGGUGUUUGCAGAAAAGAUGGGCCUGGAGACAGGCUGGAACUGCCACAUCUCCCUCACGCCCAAUGGUGACCUGCCUGGCUCCGAGAUCCCUCCCUCCAGCCCCAGCCAUGCUGGCUCCCUGCAUGAUGACCUGAAUCAGGUGUCCCGAGAUGAUGCGGAAGGGCUCCUUCUGAUGGAGGAGGAGGGUCACUCAGACCUCAUUAGCUUCCAGCCUACAGACAGUGACCUCCCCAGCUUCCUGGAGGACUGCAACCGGGCCAAGCUGCCCCGCGGCAUCCACCAGGUGCGCCCCCACCUGCAGAACAUUGACAACGUGCCCCUGCUCGUGCCCCUGUUUACCGACUGUACCCCUGAGACCAUGUGUGAGAUGAUCAAGAUCAUGCAGGAAUAUGGGGAGGUGACCUGCUGCCUGGGCAGCUCUGCUAAUCUCAGGAACAGUUGCCUUUUCCUCCAGAGUGACAUCAGCAUUGCCCUGGAUCCCCUGUACCCAUCCCGCUGCUCCUGGGAGACCUUUGGCUACGCCACCAGCACCAGCAUGGCCCAGGCCUCGGAUGGCCUUUCUCCCCUACAGCUCUCAGGGCAGCUCAACAGCCUACCCUGCUCCCUGACCUUUCGCCAGGAGGAGACCAUCAGCAUCAUCCGGCUCAUUGAGCAGGCGCGGCACGCCACCUACGGCAUUCGCAAGUGCUUCCUCUUUCUGCUGCAGUGCCAGUUGACCCUUGUGGUCAUCCAGUUCCUCUCUUGCCUGGUCCAGCUGCCACCACUGCUGAGCACCACCGACAUCCUGUGGCUCUCCUGCUUUUGCUACCCUCUGCUCAGCAUCUCUCUGCUGGGGAAGCCCCCCCACAGCUCCAUCAUGUCUAUGGCCACAGGGAAGAACCUUCAGUCCAUUCCUAAGAAGACCCAGCACUACUUCCUGCUCUGCUUCUUGCUCAAAUUCAGCCUCACCAUCAGCUCGUGCCUCGUCUGCUUUGGCUUCACGCUGCAGAGCUUCUGUGACAGCUCCCGGGCCCGCAACCUCACCAACUGCUCCUCCAUCAUGCUGCGCAGUCAUGCCGACAACAGCGCUCCAGCCUGGUUUGACGACUUCGCCAAUGGGCUACUGACGGCUCAGAAGCUCACCGCUGCCCUGAUCGUCCUGCACACAGUCUUCAUUUCUAUCACCCACGUGCAUCGCACCAAGCCCCUGUGGCGAAAGAGCCCCUUGACAAACCUCUGGUGGGCCAUGACUGUGCCUGUGGUCCUGCUGGGGCAGGUGGUCCAGACGGCAGUGGACCUGCAGCUGUGGACACACAGGGACAGCCGUGUCCACUUUGGCCUGGAGGACGUGCCUCUGCUGACGUGGCUCCUGGGCUGCCUCUCCCUGGUCCUUGUGGUGGUCACCAACGAGAUUGUGAAGCUGCAUGAGAUUCGGGUCCGGGUUCGCUACCAGAAGCGGCAGAAACUGCAGUUUGAAACGAAACUGGGCAUGAACUCCCCCUUCUGAGCCAUUGGCCACAGUGGUUCUCGUUGCCCAGGUCCCGGGGCUAAAGCCAGACCAGUUUCUGAGUCUGGGGAGUUGGUAUCAUGAAUGUUUCAGGGUUUCCUCUCGCGGCCUAUGUCACGGGAGGCCCAGCUCCUCGUCCGACCCAUCUGUCGUCCUGAUCCCCAGGGCUUACCGUGGAAGAGCUGGUGAGCCGUGGCCUCAGCAUCAGGACAGUCUGGUCUUGAAUGUAUGACCUAGUGCACUUAGCAGAGGGGCCCUUAGCCUCCUCCACCUGCGGGCUGCCUCCUUUAGGGUCUCUUAGCCCAGGGCCCUCUGCUCUUGGGUCUCCAGGCAGAGCCAUGAACCUGGUGGGGCCAGGACCUCAGGGGCAGCAGCUGUGGGAGGUCCAGACGGGCCACCAUGGAAGGGAGCAGUGCUGGUGCAUCCUCCCUGCACCCCACCUGUCUUCCUGGGGUGGGGGCCUGGAGGUGGUCGAGUACUCCCCCUCCCUCCCUGUGUGGGGGAGCCUCACACUCGGACCCGAAGAUGAAGACCCC